AUGGCGGAUAGUGGACAGCUCAAUGCUCAAUUAGAUAUUGAUCAGAUACUCCUGGAAGCACAACAUCGGUGGCUGCGUCCUGCUGAAAUUUGUGAAAUUCUUCGAAAUUACAAAAAAUUUUGCCUUUCACCAGAACCUCCUAAUAGACCCCCAAGUGGUUCGCUCCUUCUUUUUGACCGCAAGGUGCUACGACACUUCAGAAAAGAUGGCUAUAACUGGAUGAAGAAGAGAGAUGGAAAAACUGUGAGGGAGGCUAAUGAAAAGCUCAAGGUUGGAAGAAUUGUUGUAUUACAUUGCUACUAUGCCCAUGGAGAAGAGGACCAAAAUUUUCAAAGGCGCAGCUAUUGGAUGCUUGAAGAGUGGUUGUCUCACAUAGUUCUUGUUCACUACCGGGAAGUAAAGGCAGACAGAUCAAAUUUCAAUCGUUAUAGGGAGUCUGAAGUUAUUCCUGAUUCCCAAAAACCAAGAGAAAAUAUACGCAACUCUGAGGUUGAAAGUUCUGUAUUUUCAGAAAUCCAACCAAAUAGCCAUGAAGGAACCUUGCAAGUUAUGAAUUCUGCUAGCCUCGACCGUGCUCAUGCUUCUCAGUUUGAAAAUGCUGAAUCAGUGUAUUGUCACCAACAAAGUCCAGGAUUCCAGUCUUUUGACAAUCUACUGCAACCAGUGGUACAGAAGAUGGGAGAUGGUUCAAUUCCUUAUUGUGAUGUCCCUAUAUCAGGACAAUUCUCAGCUAUUACUGGUGCAAGUUUUGAAUCAAUUACACAAAGAGAAAAAAAUAAAAACUCCAUGGAUGAUGGAUUGGCAUAUGACCUCCACUGCAACCCUGAUUUCGAAUUUUUGGAAAAUGUUAUGGAUGGCGGUACCGAUGGCUUCCAAUCUAUCAAUUUUCAGCCACCAUUUUCUUCGGCCCAAAGUUCGGUUGGCAUGAUGCUUGGACAUGAAAAUGAAUCACUGGGGCAAGUUAUUUCUGGUUCCAUUGGUAAAGGGCAAGCUUUUGGAAGCCAUUCCUAUGGCUUAGGAGAGUUGCAGUGGCCCAUGGAUCAGAAUGUUAAUAAUGAGGAGCUGUACGACACCAUGGGGCCUUACAAUGCAUGUCCAUAUAGUGCACAACCUAUGCAUAUUGAUCAUCAAAGGCAGGAUAUGUCUGCUGGACUAGAAAGUUCUCCAACGUCAGAGCAACCUUGCUUAGACUGGCAUCUAAGAGAAGUUCCGAAGAAUCCCAACAGCUUUGACAACCGGAAAGCUGUUACUGAAUCACAAAUGCGACCUGGUUCUUUGCCCUCCUGGGUGACAGUUGGAGUUAAAGGUGGAGGUGAUGAUUCUGGUAUCUCUGCUCAAGUGCCAUUGGACAACUAUUUUCUAGGCCCCUCUCUCUCCCAAGACCAGCUCUUUAGCAUAAUUGACUUCUCACCGAACUGGGCAUGCGCUGGGUCAGAAAUUAAGGUGGUUAUUAAGGGAACAUUCUUAAGGAGUCAUGAAGAGUUGGAGAAGUAUAAUUGGGCAUGCAUGUUUGGUGAACUGGAAGUUCCGGCAGAGAUUAUAGCAGAUGGCGUUCUUUGCUGUUGCAUACUCUCACAAAAGACUGGGAGGGUUCCAUUCUAUGUGACAUGUUCUAACAGGCUAGCAUGCAGCGAAGUACGAGAAUUUGAAUUCCGAACUACAGAUGUUCAAGAAGUAGAUAUUGCAGAUGCAGGAAAUGUAAUCUUUGGUGAAACUGUUCUUCAUAUGAGAUUUGGGAAAUUUUUGUCUCUUGGAUCUGUCCAAACUUCUGUCCAGAAGGGGGCAGCGGAAAAUGAUUUGUGCAGUAAAAUCAGUUCAUUGCUGAAAGAUGACAAUGAGUGGGAACAGAUGUUAAAACUCACUACGCAGGAUGAAUUUUCAGCUGACAGGGUACAAGACCGGCUAUUGCAAAAGCUUUUAAAGGAGAAGUUGUAUUACUGGCUUCUCCAGAAGGUUGCUGAAGGUGGGAAAGGCCCUAAUAUAUUAGACGAGGGUGGUCAAGGUGUUCUGCAUUUUGCAGCAGCUCUUGGGUAUGACUGGGCUAUAGAACCCACAAUUGCUGCAGGUGUUAGUGUCAAUUUUCGGGAUGCAAAUGGAUGGACUGCACUUCACUGGGCAGCAUAUUAUGGCAGAGAGCGCAUGGUGGCUUUCCUCAUCUCCAUAGAUGCAGCUCCUGGAGCAUUGACGGAUCCCACCCCCAAAUGUCCUUCUGGAAGAACUCCUGCAGACUUAGCAUCCUGCAAUGGACACAAAGGAAUUGCUGGUUAUCUUGCAGAGUCUGCCCUAAGUUACCACCUUUUUUCACUUAACCUGAAGAAUUCAAAGGAGGGUGAUAAUGAAGAAAAAGCUGUAGAAACAUUAUCUGAGCGCACUGCAACUUUAGUUGGUUAUGAUGACUUGCCCCAGGGACUGUCAUUAAAAGAUUCAUUGGCUGCUGUUCGUAAUGCAACUCAAGCUGCAGCUCGCAUUCAUCAAGUCUUCAGAGUACAGUCAUUUCAGAAAAAGCAGACAAAAGAGUAUGGGGACAGUGAAUUUGGAAUGUCAGAUGAGCGUGUGCUUUCACUUCUAUCUGUAAAAGGCAAGAAAACUGGGCGACAUGAUGAACCAAUGGAUUCUGCUGCAAUAUCAAUACAAAAUAAAUUCCGCAGUUGGAAAGGCAGAAAGGAGUAUUUGUUGAUUCGGCAACGAAUUAUUAAAAUUCAGGCCCAUGUGAGAGGACACCAGGUGAGGAAGAACUACAAAAAGAUAAUCUGGUCGGUAGGCAUUCUGGAUAAGGUCAUUUUGCGCUGGCGAAGGAAAGGAAGAGGAUUGAGUUCAUUCAAACCUGAAGCACUUUCUGCAGGUACUAGCGUGCAAUUAACAGAACCAAAGGAGGAUGACUAUGAUUUCUUAAAAGAAGGUAGAAAGCAAACAGAGGAAAGAUUGCAGAAGGCCUUGGCUAGGGUGAAAUCCAUGGUUCAGUACCCAGAGGCUCGAGACCAAUACCGCAGAUUGCUCAAUGUAGUCUCAGAAAUGCAGGAAACAAAGGCCAAGUGCGAUGGGGUCUUGAACAAUCCAGAUGUCGAUUUUGAUGAUCUAAUCGACCUUGAAGCUUUGUAG